AUGGUGUUUUCAAUAGCUGUGACCCAUUUCCAACCCACGCACGCCCGCCGCGCCUUCCCGUGCUUCGACGAGCCAGCCCUGAAGGCGACCUUCGAGGUCCACCUGGCGAGGGAGACCUGGAUGACGUCGCUCUCCAACAUGCCCCUCGCCGAGACGCGUGUGGAAGGUCAGGAGGGCUGGGUGUGGGACCGCUUCGAGAGGAGCGUCCCCAUGUCCACCUACCUCGUCGCCUUCGUCGUGUCGGACUUUUCCUACAUCCCCUCUACCAGUGGCAAAGACACUCUCUUUCGAAUGUGGGUGCAGCCGUCAGCCAUUCGACAUGCUGAAUAUGUCAGUGAAGUCGGCUCAAAGAUUCUGGCAUUCUAUGAGUCUUACUUCAAUGUGUCUUACCCGCUCCCGAAAAUGGAUAUGGUGGCGGUGCCUGACAUAGCAGUGCGGGGCAUGGAGAACUGGGGUCUGAUUACGAUGAUAGACAGGUCAAUUCUAUACGAUCCUGACGUGGACUCAGCAAACCACAAGGACACGCUGCUCGAAGUCGUGGCCCACGAGCUGGCGCACCAGUGGUUCGGCAACCUGUCACGCCCCGCUGGUGGGGACCUGCUCACGCUUGCGUGGCUUACAUCGGGAGCACAUAUAACCAUCGUUGAAGAAAAUGCAGAAAUUCAUCAUCGAGAACUCCACAAAGCCUUCGAGAUCGACAGCCGAGACCUCCCAUCAGAUCAGCGUCCCGGUUGGAGAUCCCAGCGAGAUCUCGGAAAUUUUCGACCGAAUCGAGUACAGCAAAGGGCCUCUAUUGUCCGCAUGAUGACUUAUUUUCUGGGCGAGUCUACCUUCCGCAGAGGACUGAACAGUUACCUUAACACCUUCGCAUACACCAACGCCGAACAGGACGAUCUCUGGGAACACCUGACAGCCGCUGCUCACCGUGACCGAAAGCUUCCCGAGAGCUUGACCAUGAAGACGAUCAUGGACACGUGGACGCUACAGAAGGGCUUCCCAGUCAUCAAGGUAGCGAGGAGUCCAGAUGGCACGUCCGCCCAGGUCUCUCAAGUAGGGCGACGGCUUUUGAGAAAAUGGUCGUCUUUUAGUGGCAAUUCACGUCACCCUCAGACUUUCCCAGUUUCAUUCUACAGGGAUGUGUCUCCACAGGAACAUUUUAUGCUGAUGAAGGAGAGAAAACCGAGCAGGACCAAAGCCUUGCGAUGGUGGGUUCCUCUCAGCUUCACGUCGCAGCGCGAGGCCAACUUCAACCAGACAGAAGCCAGGGGCUGGAUGGAGGACUCUGAGGAGAGAAUUACUCUCACGUCACUGCCCCCGAAGGACCAGUGGGUCAUCUUCAACCUGCAGCAGACGGGCUACUACCGAGUCAACUACGACGACCACAACUGGGGCCUCCUCAUCCAGCAGCUGAGGGACGACCACAAGGUCAUCCACGUCGUCAACCGAGCGCAGACGACGACGCAUGAAUCUUGCUCGAACCGGUACAGUCAGUUAAGCUACACGACCGCCUUGGAUGUCUACGGUUACCUGAAGAAGGAAAGGGACCUCCUGCCGUGGACCUCCGGCAUUUCGAACGUCGGCUAUGUGAUGCUCAUGCUGGGCCAGACACCUGCUCUCCCUGCGCUGAGGGUGAAGUAG